GAGGGGGAGAGAGAGAGAGGGGGAGAGAUUUCGAGAUUAACCGUUCGCCGUCAUGGAGAGUCAAGGCAGGGCGAAGGAGGCAGCGGCGCCGACCUCCAGGGAGGCGCAGCGCAAAGACAAGAAGCAGAGACCCGGCAAGCUUUUCCGCAAGAAAUCGCUGAAGUCGGUGGGGAGCUUCGUGAACAAGAUCAUCAAAACUUUUGGCACUUUGGCCCACUUCGGAGACGUCGACGCGCGCAACGCGGCCGGCCACCACCACCACCACCGCCGCGGCGGCGACGACGACGACGACGGGGGGUUCCGGGACGGGACACCUUGCACGCUCGGCGCCACCUCGGGGACGAGCGGAGAGGACGUGGCGCGGGUCGCCGGCGACCACGCCGCCAAGAAGACCUCCACCGCGUCCUGCGCCCGCUCCUCCGCCAGGGAGAGGCUGUGCUGCCGCUACGGCGACAAAGUCCCCGGCGUGCUGGGCUUGAAGAACCACGGGAACACCUGUUUCAUGAACGCCGUGGUCCAGUGCCUGAGCAACACCGACCUGCUGGCCGAGUACCUGGGGCUGGAGCGGUACAAGCCGGAUCUGAGUCAGCCGAGAGCGGCGGUAAGGGGCGACGACGCGCCGCUCGCCGGACGAGGGGAAGUCACCGAGCAGCUGGCGUCGCUCGUCCGGGCGCUGUGGACUUUGGCGUACACCCCGCAGAUGUCGGUGGAGUUCAAGACUAUAGUGUCCAAGUAUGGAUCCCAGUUCCGUGGCAAUUCCCAGCAUGAUGCUCUGGAGUUCCUCCUCUGGCUGCUGGACCGCGUCCACGAGGACGUGAACCUGUCCUGCUGCAGCAACAACAACAACAAGAGCAAAGCCCCCGGAAAGGGCCCUUUUGGAGCUGAGGAAAUGCCGCCUGCUGACCCAUCCCAGUCCCAGUCCCAGCAGCCCGGGAUACACCACAGCUUUGUCCAGGAGCACUUCCAGGCACAGUACAAGUCAUCUCUGACUUGCCCCCACUGUCUGAAGCAGAGCAACACCUUUGACCCCUUCCUCUGCAUCUCGCUCCCCAUCCCUCUCCGCCAAACCAGGCCGCUGUGUGUGACUUUGGUGUUCAGCACCAAAGGACAGAGGUACCUGCGCAUCGGGCUGGCCGCGCCUCUGUUCGGCUCCCUGUCCCGCCUGAGGAGGAUGGUGGCCGACGAGGGGAAAAUUUCCCCUGACCAGGUCAUCCUGACAGAAAUCUACUCCACGGGAUUUCAGCGCUCCUUCUUCGAUGAGGAGGAUCUAACCAGCAUAGCGGAGAACGACGUCGUCUACGCCUUCCAGGCUCCGCCCCUCUACAUCCGCGGAGGCUCGGCACGGAUCUCAGGGUACCACCACAGCCUGCCAUCCUCCCCGUACUCCUGCGGCGCCGAGGGUCAGAGGUUGCCUCCCUCUGGGACGUUGUCGUCAGAGUUUCUCAACCAGGGUGUCCCUGUUAAGAUCCUGCUGCUGGUGUGCAAUGCAGCGGGGACGGGCCAGCAGGCUGUCAGAUUCGGCCCGCCAUUCCUGAUGCGAGAGGACCGGUCCAUUUCCUGGGACCAGCUGCAGCAGAGCAUCCUCAGCAAGCUCUAUUACCUGAUGAUCAAUGGAGCCCAGGCUCAGAAUGCCAGGGUGCUUUUCAACAUCCGUGUAGUGGGAGGGUCGGCUUGCUACGGCUACCUGUCACCUCAGGACGGACGGCCGCUUUACCACCCCGCCGUGGACAGAGCGCUGAAGCUGUGCGGCUCAGGAGGUCCUCCCCAUGUGAAGCUCAUCAUCGAGUGGGAGCACAGAAUCAAAGACAUCCUGUUUGGCAACAUCCAGGAGGAGGUGGUGAAGGACGCGGAGAGCGUGAGGAACCAGCAGCAGCAGCACGUCCAGCAGCACAGCUGCACCUUGGAUGAGUGCUUCCAGCUCUACACCAAAGAGGAGCAGUUAGCCCCAGAUGAUGCCUGGAAGUGCCCCCACUGCAAGCAGCUGCAGCAGGGCAUGGUUAAGAUGAGCCUGUGGACGCUCCCCGACAUCCUCAUCCUGCACUUAAAGCGCUUCAGACAGGUUGGCGAGCGGAGGAACAAACUCACCACGUUGGUGCGUUUCCCCCUGACUGGCCUGGAUAUGGCACCCCACGUGGUGAAGCGGGGCCACGGCACCCAUCAGCCCCCUCACCAAAGCGCCCCACUCCAGCCCAGCUGGAGACACACCCGGCCGCCUGACAUGGCUCCCCCGGACUUCCUCUACGAUCUGUACGCGGUGUGUAACCACCACGGAGGCAUGCACGGCGGGCAUUACACAGCCUUCUGUAGGAACUCAGUGGAUGGCCAGUGGUACAGCUAUGACGACAGCAGUGUUGAGCCUGUCCCUGGAGGGGAGGUGUGUACGCGGGGAGCCUACAUCCUUUUCUACCAGAGACGAAACAACAUCCCGCCCUGGUCUGCCAGUUCCUCAGUCACUGGGUCCACCAGCUCAUCCACCUCUGACCACUGGCUAGUCCGCCUGACCGGUGGCAGUGAGCGAUGUAGUCCGGGCUCUGGAGGAUCUAUCUCUGGCCCUCUGGGGCCUGUGCUGGUCCCCAAUUAUCCUGAGCUGCCUGUGUUUGGGGAUGAACCCCAAAAAGCAGUAGACAAAAAUGGGUUUGAUGCUAAGCCAUUUGCUCGGGGGAACCAGGGCAAGAGUAUGAGCAUGAGGUCACCCACUAAGCCAAAGGACACACUUAGCAAAGUCUUGCCACUGCGUUGGUCCUUUGGCUCUAAGGACCGCUCCAAGCAUUCAGCCCAGGCACAGCCCGGAGAGCUGGUGGAGUAUCUGGAGUCAGGGCGCCGGCCACGCUGCACCAAAGACCCUAUCAUCAUCUUGGUGGCUACUCCACCACAGGGGAAAGGCCAGGGUAGGGCCUUCGAAGUAGGACAGAGGGACUUGGGUAGCUCUCCUAGUGGUAGCAGCCUAAGUUGUAUGGAUAGACCUAGCUCAGAUACCUGUGACUCCCCCAAAAUACCGGAAGGGCAGAGCAAACCAGGACUGGAGAGAAACAUCAGCCUGGGGCUUGGCAGGACCAGCAAUGUCAAGGCCAAGGAUGACAAUUCACUUGGACAAAGGUCAUCAAAGAGGGCCAGGCAGGAUCAGGGCAGGACGCUGGACUUCCAGCUCCAGAGAGGGGCUAUUUUGGGAGGUCACAUUAGCCACAGUGCCCCUCCAAGUAGGGACUCCACACUAAGGAGAGGAAAAACUCAGGCAGGAAUUUCCUCCAGGGCACAGAAAGACCUGUUACAGACCAUCAUGCACCCUGUGGGCAGGAAGGGGCUGAAGGGAGAAGAGGGAAGGAGCCACGAUAGCCUCUUGUCCUUUUUCAAGCCUGGUUUCAUGAAGAAAGACAUUCAGAGGACGCCAAGCAAGGGGCAGGAUAGGCAUAUGAAUGGAUAUGGACUACCGGGAAAGGUGGCUAAUGGUAGCUCAGCCAAAUUCUCCCUGUCCAAUGGAACCCUGACUACAGUGACCUUGGAGGACAAGAGGGUCAAUGGCAUACCUAGGAGUGAAAUCCAAAAUGGCAAAGCACAGCUGGUCAAUGGGAAGACAAUAAAUCACCACCCUGUAGAUCUCAAGCGUGCUCACAGCUCCAGUAACAUCCAGACUAAGCUGGAUCUCACACUUCGAAGGUGUGCCUCGCUGCAGAGGAACGGUGAAGUAAUCGUCCGUCCUGCUCGGGGGAGCCUGCCCUCCGAAAAGCCCAGUUAUGCCACGCUGCAGAGGACACGAUACAGCACCACCUCCCUAGUGCCUCUGUGACAGACCAGAAUGACUAUUGAACGCAAGGACAACUCUGCAGACUCCUUUGCAUCACACCGAAGAAGUCGCCAAUCAGCCGCCUGCCUGAGCUCCAGAGAGAUUUGUUGUUUUGAAAGAACAUCGUUGGACUUCUUGAGCAGAGUAUCCUGUUCCUCCUAUUCACUCAUAUAACUGCUGUUGUCUGUUGGUUCUCACCUGUCUGUGCUAAAACUGCCUAAACAGAGCUAAUUUACUGAGGGAGAGGUGCAGCUGUCAUAUUAUCUUUUAUUGUAACAUAUUGCAGGCUGCUGUCGAUAAUGGUUUCACUUUUGAGUUGCCGAUAGAAAAAAAAGCGGAAGUGUCUUAUUAUAAGUCAUUGCAAAUCGAAGAAACAUCUAGAAAUCUGUUCCUGCACUGUAAAAUGGCCGCCACAGCACUAUCACUUUUUGUUUUGACAUUCAUCAUCUUUUUCAUGUUUUAUUAUUAACGCACCAUGUGAUAAAGAGACGGGCUUCUAUUUUUUCUUAGAGAACCAGAGUCCAUGCAUAAUGUGCUACACAUGCGUUGUUAAUUUAGGCACGACUGCACUGAAUCAAAGCCGAAAUCAGUGAAUGGCAGAAGGUUUUUCAUCUAUGUGAAGCAUUUUCAACUAUCUCAUUAUUCAGACAAUGAAUCUCCCUGUCGUGGCCAAGCGAGUGUAACAGUGUGGGUUAGCGGCAUCCGGGUAGCGUAGCGGUCUAUUCCGUCGCCUACCAACACGGGGAUCGCCGGUUCGAAUCCCCUUGUUUACCUCCGGCUCGGUCGGGCGACCCUACAGACACAAUUGGCCGUGUCUGCAGGUGGGAAACCAGAUGUGGGUAUGCGUCGUGGUCGCCGCACUGACGCCUCUUCUGGUCGGUCGGGGUGCCUGUUUCGGGGGGGAUAGCGUGAUCCUCCCACGCGCUACGUCCCCCUGCCGAAACUCCUCACCGCCCGGUGAAAAGAAGCGGCUGGCGACUCCACGUGUAUCAGAGGGGGGCAUGUGGUAGUCUGCAGCCCUCCCCGGAUCGGUGAGGGGGGGUGGAGCAGCAACCGGGAUGGUGUGGAAGAGGGGGGCAAUUGGCAAUGCAGAAUUGGAGAGAAAAAGGGGGGGGGAAAUCCAAAAGAAAGAAAAAACAGUAUAGGUGGGGUCAGUGGAUAAGCAUGACUUGCUCAGAAUAGUUUCCUCUUUGGCUUUUGAUCAGUUUUACAUGGAGUUAUAAUUCACAACUCAAGUGUGACCGCUACAAUGGGGUUGCCCGAACUUUAAGUAAGCCUACCGUAGCUCAACUUCACACGGGAUUUCUGUCGUAUCUCCACC